AAAGAAUAUCUUUCUCAUCAUGAAAUUCAAUCCAUAUCCAUUUACAGCUUCUCCUCCUCCUUAAUUUCACGCCAUUAAAGCUUUUUCUCCAUAGUCUCCCUAUGCAUCUUAAAAGCCUCUGUUUCAUCCUCCCCGCCGACGAAACAGAGCCCGUCGGUUCCCAAAAGCCCAGCAAAGAAUCCGCCACCGGGGAAACAGGUCCGCCGCAAUCCCCCCGGAGGGGAUGCGGGGGACAAGCUCUGGACUUCAUCAAACAGUCCCUGCACAGAUUCUUGGUCGGGAAGAAUCGGUCUUCCGGGGAGUUCCACGAUGCUGACGGCGUGGGAAUCUCCGGGAACAGAGUCGGCGCCGACAACCCGAGGAUCUUCAGCUAUGCCGAGCUGUUCGUCGGGACAAAAGGGUUCGCCGGAGAUCAAGUGCUGGGGAGCGGCGGAUUCGGGAAAGUCUACCGGGCGGUUUUGCCCAGCGACGGAACAGAGGUCGCCGUAAAGUGCUGCCUCGCGGAGAGAGGGGAGAAGUUCGAGAAGACGUUUGCGGCGGAGCUCGCGGCGGUGGCCCAUCUCCGCCACCGGAAUCUCGUCAAACUCCGGGGAUGGUGCGUCGACGACGACCGCCUCUUGCUCGUGUACGAAUACAUGCCGAACCGGAGCCUGGACAGAGUUCUCUUCAAGAAAACAGAGCAUUUCUUAGACUGGGAGAAGAGAAAGAAGAUCAUAAAGGGAUUAGCCGCCGCAUUAUUCUACUUGCACGAGCAAUUAGAGACUCAGAUAAUCCACAGAGACGUGAAAACUAGCAAUGUAAUGCUCGAUUCCGGCUUCAACGCCCGUCUGGGCGAUUUCGGCCUCGCCCGGUGGCAAGAACACCGCCGCCGUACCGGCGAGCCUCAAUCAAGAACACCCUCCACGAAGAACCAACAGUUCCGGCUAGCAGAGACCACAAAGAUCGGAGGAACCAUCGGUUACUUGCCGCCGUAGAGCUUCCAAAGGCGAGGAAGUGUGGCCACCGCAAAAUCCGACGUUUUCAGCUUCGGGAUCGUGUCCCUCGAGGUGGCGUCGGGGCGGCGUGCGGUGGAUCUGGCCUGCCCGGACGACCAAAUCGUGCUCCUUGAUUGGGUCCGCCGGCUCUCCGACGACGGCGCGGUUUUGCUCGCCGGAGACGUCAGGCUCGCGGACGGCUCGUUCCGGCUGGUGGAAAUGGAGAGAUUGAUUCAAAUUGGGCUUUUAUGUACUCUUCAAGAACCUCACUCAAGACCCAAUAUGAAAUGGGUUUUGGAAGCUCUCAAUGGAGAAAUUGUU